CAGGGACAGUUCAUGGUUUUAUUCGGGAGUUUAUUGUGUUAAGGGUUUAAAUGAUUUUUAGUGUUUAGGAGUUUUAAAAGUUUGACCAGUUGCGUCUGCACUGAAGGCCAUGGGGGAAUCUGGAGGAUCACACAGAUACGACCAAUCUCAGUCCCUGUUCCUGUCCCCUGUCCAGACCAUAAACCUGGUCCUGAUUGGAGAGAGAGAGGCCGGGAAGAGCGCAGCUGGAAACGCCAUCCUGGGCACCAUGGCCUUCGACCAGGUGGGGGUGAGGACCAGAAAAAGCGUGCGUCGAGAAUGUGUGGUGAGGGGAAGGCGUGUGGUGGUGGUGGACACACCAGGCUGGGAAUGGUUUAACCUGAGCGGCUCCUCGGCGUCUCCCGCGGCUGUGAGGAAGGAGAUGAUCUCGGCUAUGACCCUGAGCCACCCAGGUGCUCAUGCUCUGCUGCUGGUGGUUCCUCUGUCAUUCUCCUUCUCUUCAAGAGAGCGCCAUGUUGUGGAGGAACACGUAGAUCUGUUCGGGCCACAAGCCUGGAGACACACACUGGUCCUGUUCACCGUGAUGGACACCAAGCUCCUCCAUGACUCCGCCCUGCAGGAUGAGGUGGAGUUGAAUAGAGAGCUGCAAAAAUUGGUGGAGAAGUGUGGUGGAAGGUUCCAUGCUCUCCACGGGAGACCCAAGAGAGGAGAGGACCAGGUCGCAGAACUUUUGUCUAAGAUACAAGACAUGGCAAAUGGUGAGGGAGAAUCGAUGCUCCUCAGUGACCAAGUGCUUGAGUGGUCCAAGGAGAGAGAGGAGGAGGAGCAGCAAAGAAGAGAAGAAGAAGAAAGGACGGGGAGAGAAGAGAUGAUGCAAAGAGUCAAGCAGUCUCUCAGGAAGAAGGAGGUGGAAAGGAGAAUGAGAGGAAAUAACAUAAGAGACACUGAAAAAGAAGAGAACAGACAGCAGAAAGGAGACGUUCAGAAGGAAACUAAUGGGGCGGAGCUUCAGGAUCCGUCAGGGUCUGUGCGAGACAGGACAUAUUUCACUCACUUCUGUAAGACACAGUAGAAGAAACAGGAGAAGAUGGAAAAGAUACUCCAGAAGAUGUGGGUUUUUUUGAGACUCUUGUAUUCAGUCUCACACACUAGUGUGUCAUGCCUCUUUUACACUGACUGCCACCACAUAGUCGUCUGUGUACACCAUAAACACUGCUUUAUUACAUUCAGGAGUUUACAGUCUACAAAGAGUAAAGAGUUAAGUGACC